AUGGCGUCGAACUCGGAUACAAGCGAUGAGCUCUACUAUCUUCAACCGGGUUUCGAUUUAAAUACGCUGACAGUGCCGCGACUUCGAUCUAUUCUCGUGAACCAUGAUAUCUCAUAUCCGGCAUCUGCAAAAAAAUCCCAGCUAGUUGCUAUUCUGGAAAGUGAAGUUAUCCCGCAAGCUAAGAAAUUGUUGCGUGAGCGGGAUCGCGUUCGAAGGACAAGCAGGGGAAUAACAAACAUGCCAUACAACGGGGAGCCCGGCGGUGAGCCAGAGGAGGAGCCUGAGACAGUUGACAGGCGUCAGAGAAGCAGAUCGAGAGCAACAAGAUCGAGUACUAGGGCGUCGACUGCUGAAUCAGAAUAUCGGGCCACUUCUCCUCUCUCUGCAGCAAAAAGAACAACGAGAGGCGCAAGCAAACAUCCGCGGUCGUCGGAUACUGACAUGCCGGAGAACCACGACGAUACCCCUCUGGCUACUCCAGUACGGCCAAGUGGAAAGAAGUCGAGAAAGAGUGAGGCUUAUCUAACACCCCACGCAUCUCACUACGAAAAUUUCGAGACCCCAACAGCUGUCAAGAGUGAGUAUACCGCGGAUACUCCAUUCACCGAUGACAAUCCUUUCCAGGGCGGCAGCUCUCCACCAAAUAGUCCCCAAUUCAGGUCUCCGAGCUCAGAAUACCGGCGGAAAAGCGGUAUAAGUCGAUUGUCAGAAGUUGAAGAGAGGAGAAAACGCAGAUCUGAAGUUCGGACACCCGCUAGGGUGAAACAAGAAGAGGAUAUACGGGUUCCCACGCGAUCUACAUUCACGUCACCGAUCUCUCAUGUUGAGGGAGUGCCACGAUUUGAGGAGUCGUCCGAUAUUGAACCUGGAGAAGAGUUCACACCUGAUGAACAGCUAGCGUUGGACCAGGAGCAGGCGUACAAUGGGAGACGAAGAUCUGUAUUGAGGGACCGAUCUCAAACUGGACAGAGUAACAGCGGAAUUUUUGCAUCUUGGUUUGUGAUUUUAACGCUGCUGAGUGGCUUUGGACUCUGGUGGCGGAAAGAAAAGAUCGAAAUAGGAUAUUGCGGCGUUGGAAAGACACAUUGGUCUUUAGAAGACACAAAUGUGCCAACUUGGGCAAAUAUCAUUGAACCACAGUGCGAAACUUGUCCUCAACAUGCUUUCUGUUAUCCUAAUUUUGAAGCUGGAUGUGAACAAGGCUUUGUUCUUAAGGCUCAUCCACUGUCAUUAGGUGGCCUCAUACCUUUGCCUCCCACUUGCGAGGCUGAUGGUGAAAAGGCUCGGCGUGUCAAGGUGGUUGCAGAUAAAGCUAUUGACGAGUUGAGAACCCAACGAGCGAAGUUCGAGUGCGGUGAAUCCGACAAGGAGACCGACGACGUGGUGUCUACACCAGAGAUGACUGCUUCCGAGCUUCGAGAUAAAGUAGGCAGUUUGAGGAGGAAGGGAAGAUUGAGCGAAGAAGAAUUUGACAGUCUGUGGGAUUCCUCAAUCGGCGAGAUAACUGGGCGUGAAGAAGUUGUUGUCAGCACAGGUGCAGAUUUCAGAUUCGCAUCCACAUCCCUCGCAAAGCUCUCCUUCACCUGUUCCAUCCGAAGACACCUCAGACUCUCUCUCCUCGCGUAUCGACUCCCUAUUCUCAUUAUAACUUUGUGUUGCCUACUGGCUGCUUAUAUCCGAUCACGUAUCCUAGCCGGACGAAGUGAUGCUGCUCGCGUUCCAUCUUUAGUUGGUAUGACACUUGACAGGCUUGCUACACAGGCCGCUCUACAUGCACGCGGUGAGGCAUUAGAACCCUGGAUAUCCGUUGGACAGCUACGUGAUGACGUAUUGCGUGACGAAUUACGAGGCAGUCGCCGUGAGAGGCUGUGGAAGCAUGUUCGAGCAAUCGUUGAAGGCAAUGCCAAUGUUAGAGCUUCCGUCCGUGAAGGCCGCGGUGGAGACGUCUCCAGAGUAUGGGAAUGGAUUGGUGGUGUAAGCGGCGUUGCGAAUGACUCGGUUGUUCGUCGAGAGAGCUCAAAGGUCAAAUUUUCGCUUUCACCUUCUUCCGAGAAUGUUGUACAUUCUCCCGACUCAGGACUUAGGAGAGAAAGCAAGAAAUGGGAUGAAGGAAGAGCAGUAUAUUAA